AUGCCUCAACAUCGAAAGGCAAUCAUAAUCGGAGGCGGCCCAGCCGGUCUAUCAACAGCCCUACGCCUCCACCAAACCACCAACAUCAAAUGCACCAUCUAUGAAAUACGCACAGAACCAACCACUCUCGGCGGUGCAAUCGGCAUUAUGCCCAACGGCAUGCGGCUCCUCCACCGCCUCGGUAUCUACGACACCCUCCAGACACGAGGUAGCAGCCACAGCAACCUCGUCGUCCACUCCGCACAGGGCGGUAUCGUCGCCAAACAAGAAGACAUGGUCAGCUACGCACGCGCGCAGACCGGAUUCGGGUAUAUGCGCAUCAAGCGAACGGAUCUAGUAGACGUUCUCCUGGGCGCGGUAGACAAAGCCCAGAUCCCGGUACACUAUAACAAGCGCCUAACUGCUAUUGCCGACAACGGAAUAUCUGGGGUAACCGUGACGUUCUCAGAUGGCAGUAUUGACCAGGCGGAUAUCCUAAUUGGAUGCGAUGGCAUUCACUCUUUCGUGCGGCGGAUUUAUGUCGAUCCCCUGCAGGAACCGGAGUACUCUGGGAUUUCGUCGCUUUUCUCGCUUGUUCGUACGGAGAGUCUGGAUGCUUCUGCAGCUUCGAGGAUUUCGGGAAUGGGGGUAGCGUUGACGGAGGAGGGGAUGUUUAUGGCCACGCUAGCUACGGCGAAGGGGGAUGAGGUGUACUGGGGUCUAUCCCAAGAGGUGCCCUUGCCUGAGUCAGGGGAUAGUCGGGAUGGGUGGGAGGUGCGGAGGUUGCAAGAGGUGGAUGGUUUCAAGUCGAAUAUGCAUCGAAUUUUGGAAAAGGUGCAUGGGGACUGGGGGGACGUAUUGAGGCAGCUCGUUGAUGGUACUGAUGUUAUCAAAUUUUAUCCUAUCUACCGGCUUCCUCUCGGGGGUACUUGGCACAAGGGGAGGUGUAUGCUGCUUGGGGAUGCUGCGCAUGCUAUGCAGCCGCAUGCGGGUCAGGGUGUUUCCAUGGCACUUGAAGAUACAUUCCUGCUUGCUCGGCUGUUAGAGGAUCCGAGUCAGUCUGUGGAGGAGGCAUAUAAGAGGUUUGAUGAGAUCAGGAGACCCCGAGUGAACGAGGUCUACAAGCUUGCUGCACGAAACGUGGAGGUGCGGAAGAAGACUGGACCUUGGGGCCUGUGGGCAAAGGAAGUUGUGGUUGGGGCGGCUUUCUGGGUUUCAUGGGCUUUAGGGUUGGAGAAGAGGGGAAAUGGACAAAGGCAUAUGGUUUAUGAUAUCGACGAGCAGAAGAUCUAA